AUGUACCCCGUUGGCCAACCUCCAACGGGGGAGACGAGUGCUGGUGCAGUAGGCGUGACUGGCGCUGUGACAGCACCAGCGAGUGCUACAGCGGCAGCUCCUGGUGCUCCAACUAGCUCUCCCGCUACUGGAGCUCCGCCUGCAGUCGCAGGUGGUGCAGGUCCUAUGGCACUUGUACCUCCAGCCGCAGCACCUCCUCCUGAUUUGCCAGUUUUAACAUGUCCUCGCCGCCCCAACCUCGGUCAUGAAGGCCGACCGAUAAUGCUUAGAGCAAAUCAUUUUCAAAUAUCAAUGCCUAGAGGCUUUGUGCACCAUUAUGAUGUCAAUAUACAGCCUGAUAAGUGUCCUAGAAAGGUUAAUAGAGAAAUUGUUGAAACUAUGGUCCAUUGUUACAAUAAAAUAUUUGGUACACUGAAACCAGUAUUUGAUGGCAGAAAUAAUUUAUAUACAAGGGAUCCACUACCAAUUGGCAAUGACAGGGUAGAGUUAGAAGUUAUAUUACCAGGUGAAGGAAAAGACAGAGUUUUCCGUGUCACCAUUAAAUGGGUUGCUCAGGUGUCACUAUUUGCCUUGGAAGAAGCUUUAGAAGGUCGUACAAGACAAAUUCCAUAUGAUGCUAUAUUAGCAUUGGAUGUAGUUAUGAGACACUUACCAUCUAUGAUGUAUACACCUGUUGGGCGAUCAUUCUUUUCUUCUCCAGAAGGAUAUUAUCAUCCACUUGGUGGUGGCAGAGAGGUUUGGUUUGGUUUUCAUCAGUCUGUGAGACCAAGUCAAUGGAAAAUGAUGCUUAAUAUUGAUGUGUCUGCAACUGCUUUUUACAAAGCUCAACCUGUAAUAGAAUUCAUGUGUGAAGUAUUAGAUAUAAGGGAUAUAAAUGACCAAAGAAAGCCUCUGACAGAUUCGCAGCGUGUUAAGUUUACUAAAGAGAUCAAAGGACUCAAGAUUGAAAUCACACACUGUGGAACAAUGAAGCGUAAAUAUAGAGUGUGCAAUGUUACACGCAGACCUGCUCAAAUGCAGUCGUUUCCACUACAAUUAGAUAAUGGACAGACUGUAGAGUGUACAGUAGCCAAAUAUUUCUUGGAUAAGUAUAAAAUGAAACUCAGAUAUCCUCACUUGCCCUGUCUUCAAGUGGGUCAAGAGCACAAGCACACAUAUUUGCCUUUAGAAGUCUGUAAUAUUGUGCCUGGACAGAGAUGUAUUAAAAAAUUAACAGACAUGCAAACUUCGACUAUGAUUAAAGCUACUGCCAGAUCUGCCCCUGACAGGGAGCGUGAAAUCAACAACUUGGUUCGUCGAGCAAACUUCAAUACAGAUCUCUAUGUUAAAGAGUUUGGAUUAACAAUAUCCAACAACAUGAUGGAGGUGCGUGGACGUGUACUUCCACCACCAAAACUUCAGUAUGGCGGGCGUGUUUCUUCUCUUGGCGGACAACAAGCUUUGCCAAAUCAAGGAGUUUGGGACAUGCGGGGAAAACAGUUCUUUAUGGGAGUUGAGAUUCGUGUCUGGGCCAUUGCGUGUUUUGCUCCUCAAAGAACUGUUAGAGAAGAUGCUCUCAAGAACUUUACACAGCAACUGCAAAAGAUUUCAAAUGAUGCCGGUAUGCCUAUAAUUGGGCAACCUUGCUUUUGCAAAUAUGCCACUGGACCGGAUCAGGUGGAACCUAUGUUUAAGUAUCUGAAAUCCACAUUUGUGCAGCUGCAGUUGGUUGUUGUAGUAUUGCCAGGGAAAACUCCUGUUUAUGCUGAAGUGAAACGCGUCGGUGACACCGUUCUCGGGAUGGCGACUCAAUGUGUGCAAGCCAAGAAUGUAAACAAAACUUCGCCACAGACUCUCAGCAACUUGUGCUUAAAAAUUAACGUAAAACUGGGAGGAAUAAACUCAAUUUUAGUUCCAUCGCUACGUCCAAAGGUGUUCAACGAGCCGGUGAUCUUCCUGGGCGUGGACGUGACACACCCGCCGGCGGGCGACAACAAGAAGCCGUCGAUCGCGGCCGUAGUGGGCUCCAUGGACGCGCACCCUUCGCGCUAUGCCGCCACCGUACGCGUGCAGCAGCACAGACAGGAGAUAGUGCAUGAGAUGAGCAGCAUGGUGCAGGAAUUGCUCAUCAUGUUCUACAAGAGCACGGGCGGGUUCAAGCCGCACCGCAUCAUUAUGUACCGCGACGGUAUCUCCGAAGGACAAUUCAUACACGUGCUGCAGCACGAGCUCACCGCGGUACGAGAAGCCUGCAUUAAGUUGGAAGCAGAGUACAAACCGGGUAUAACGUUUAUCGUGGUUCAGAAGCGUCACCAUACGCGCCUGUUUUGCGCGGAUAAGAAAGAGCAGUCGGGCAAGUCGGGCAACAUCCCAGCCGGCACUACUGUGGACCUCGGCAUCACGCACCCCACAGAAUUCGACUUCUAUCUUUGCAGCCACCAGGGUAUACAGGGCACGUCGCGGCCGUCGCACUACCACGUGCUGUGGGACGACAACCACUUCGGGUCGGACGAGCUGCAGUGCCUCACGUACCAGCUGUGCCACACGUAUGUGCGCUGCACGCGCUCGGUGUCCAUCCCGGCGCCGGCCUACUACGCGCACCUGGUGGCCUUCCGCGCGCGCUACCACCUGGUGGAGAAGGAGCACGACUCGGGCGAGGGCAGCCACCAGUCCGCCUGCAGCGAGGACCGCACGCCCGGCGCCAUGGCGCGCGCCAUCACCGUGCACGCCGUCACCAAGAAGGUCAUGUACUUCGCCUAG